ACUGUUGUUUUGUUCGUUUCGAAGCCUCUCCAGCGACACAGAGCGCGCCCCCGAGACGACUUCGUCACUCUCUCAGCGAGCAGCGUCGAACGAUGGAGUGCUGCUCGGUGGAUCGACAAUGCUGCUCAAUCGACACCGCUCCAGAGCACAUGGCCCUUGAGCGUCCAGAAGAUCCGAUGGAAGACGAAGAAAUUGGAGCCAUUUCUGGCAUGGCUUGUGCCAGGGCUAUGGCAGAUGCGACCUUCAGACGAGAGGCGGAAAAACGCGAAAGAGAAAGGAAGGAAGAGGAGGCGGAGGAGACUAAAUCGUUGGAAUUUCCGCUUGAGCGAAAGAGGCCCAGGCCAAGCCAACUUUGGGGUGUUCUCCCUGCCAGCGACGGGAUCAUUUUGUCAGAUCCAGAACAAGAGUCUCUAAGAAGGUCAAAAAGUAUUCAAGCUAUCCGAGCUUCGCAAGAAGCUCAUCGAGAAUUUUUGCACAGCUAUUGCCGAAUUGAGAAAGACCUUCUCAAAGAGGUGAAAGCGACCUCAAUCCGCGGUUCUUUGAGGGCAAGGCCUUGGUUGUCGUCGUCACGUGCGUCGCGAUCACCGCCAUGGAGCUUGAAAGACGUCCAGGUCUUUGAUGUUUUCUUGUCACAUGUUUGGAAAAGUCAUUGGAAGUUGAAAUCUGCCUCGUUGCUGCUUCAAUCUGGCUGGUUCUUCAUGGUGAUGGUUUGGGCCACCACUACUGCUCUCGUUUUUGUUUUAUGUCUUCUCGAUUUCUUGCCCUUGGACUGGAGCUACGAAGCAGAAGCCCUGGGUGAUUUGGUGGAGUGUCAUUUGGGCUUUUGGAUACUCGCGUUGAGUAUGAUUGCAUCGUUGCUGGCCUUGCUGGUGUCGCCCUAUCUACCAGAGCUUUGGAUCUCUGAAGCGUGUUUUCUGGAUGCAGCAAGCAUUAACCAAAGAGACGAACAUGUGAAGAGACAAUGCAUCCAGAACUUGGCGGGUUUUCUUCGCAUCUCCACCCAGCUGCGGAUUCUAUGGACUCCGGAGUUUACCUCCCGCCUUUGGUGCAUUUUUGAGGUUGCGGCUUUCAAGAGGAUCAAUCCCACAGCGCAGAUCAUCAUUUCGCCCUUGAGCAUAGAGGUUUUUCUGUUGUUCUUGAUGCCCUUGGUGAGUUUUUCAUGUUUGAUUUACUUGAUCGGCCUUGCAGCGCAGCAGCGGGUUCUUUUCGGAGCCCUGGUCUCACUCAUCGCUACGAUUCCUUGCGUUUAUUCCAUACAUCGUCUUCGACGAGAUCUCCAUUCCAAGAAGGACACCAUUUCCAAACUAGACACCUUCGACCUCAGGGAGGUCCAGUGCAGCAGUGCUUCGGACCAGGAGCUUCUUUUGUCCACGAUCUCAGAGUGGUACGGCACUCAUGAUGAGUUCACUUUAUUUGUUCGCCACACCUUGCGGGACGAACUCCUCGAGCUCUCGGGGAAUGAGGUCCCUGCCUUCUACUACUUCUUUCCUUGCAUGCCGGUGGUUAGUGUGGCAUUAGACUUUCUCGUUGGCUUCAUCAAAGCAGGGAUUCGUGCUCCAUGGCAGGUCUCCUAUGUGAUAGCGGUGCCCUUGGGUUUUGGCCUUUGGGUUUCCAUGGCUACAGCCCUUCUACUGCACUCGUGUCACUUCUUCUCGACUCCAGCGCGGCUUCAUGGGCUCGAUGCCAUGAAGAGUGCCUUGCUUUUCCUUUCUUGGGUCACAUUUCAAGUCUUUGGGCUGCUGUGCUCCAUCCUUUGUCACAUGUCGAGCAUUUGGGCUGUGCUCGCUUGGUCGUGCUUCUCCUUGCUUUCCUUCCGCAGCUUUCUUUGGUGUGCUCACGUGGGCUGAAUAUGGAAUGCGAACGGCAAUCUGGAAACAUGUCUCAUGGGUCUCAUGUCUCACUCCCUCGUCACGUUCAAGUUUCCACUACUUGUCAAGUAGUGCAAACAUUGCCCGUCUUCGCGAUUGCGAGACAAGAAGCAAACCAGCGAGGUGC